UCGGACUUUUUAUUUUUUUCUUUUAAUUUUGUUGAUCCCUUCCUCUUUUAACUCUUCGAGUCUUUCUUUCCUUUGCUUUCUCCGGCGUCGGAGUUUUGGAGUUUCGGCGUCAUUGUACCAACAGUUUCCUACACUCACCAGUUCGGUCCACAAUCCAGCCUGUUUUCUCCCUCCAAGUUCUCACCUCAGGGCGCCAAUCUUGAUCUCCCAAAACUACUCUCUCCAAUUCAGAAAUGGCAACUACUUUACGCUUGUAUUUGACGUGCAUACGGAACACUCUUGAGGCCGCCAUGUGCCUUCAGAAUUUUCCUUGUCAAGAAGUUGAAAGACACAACAAGCCGGAAGUUGAACUAAAGACCAGCUCAGAACUUCUUCUCAAUCCUAUCUUAAUAUGUAGAAAUGAGUCAGAGAAAUGUUUGAUUGAGACAUCUAUAAACUCUCUCCGUAUCAGUCUCAAGGUUAAGCAGACAGACGAACUAGAGAAUAUCCUAACUAAAAAGUUCCUUCGAUUUCUGUCAAUGAGGGCAGAAGCAUUCCAGGUGUUGAGAAGAAAACCUGUACAGGGAUACGACAUUAGCUUUCUCAUAACGAACUAUCAUUGUGAGGACAUGCAGAAGCAAAAACUCAUUGAUUUUAUUGUACAGUUUAUGGAGGAUAUUGAUAAAGAGAUUAGUGAACUUAAAAUGUCCGUGAACACUCGAGGAAGGCUUGUAGCAACAGAGUUUCUAAAGCAAUUCAUAUGAUGUCUCUUUCUCUAUCUAGGUAAACUCCCCUUUCCCCAAAUUUUUCUUCAAGAUCAUUCUAUUGCUACUUGUUAAUUAUAUAUAUAUCCUUGUACCUCAUUUAACAAGAUUUAUUCCUCUUAUAUUUUAAUUUUAUGCUACCUAAUAUUGGGUUUAGGAUUUGAUCCAAAAAUACAUAGUUGAUGAAUAAAGCUAUACUUGGGUUUGGCGUUGUAAACCCAAUGUCCAAAAAGAUUAUGUAAAAGAGGUUUUUGAAGGGAUAAAUGAAUUGAAAUAGAAGAGAACUAAGAACAGAUAAAGCAUA